AUGAGUGACACGCAUCCUGUUGAGAAUUCUGCUUCUCACUUAGUGCCUCUCAGUCAGGAAGUCCAGACUAUUAGCAAAGAGGCUUUGGAUAAUAUAAUUGGUAACAGCCCAUAUUGGCAUGUUACAACAAAUCAGUGGAGUCAGCAAGCUGUAGAAACAAUUACCACUAAUCUAGUAAAGCUCAAUAAGCCCUAUAAAUACAUUGUAACCUGUGUGAUCAUGCAGACAAAUACCGGUGCAGGUCUCAGCGUGUCGAGCACUUGCUAUUGGGACAAGGCAACAGAUCUGUCAUUUACAGUUCGAUGGGAAAACAAAGCAGUCGUGACAAUUGUUAACGUUUUUGCUGUCGCCAUAUGA